AUGGUGGAGAAACACGUGGUUGUGAUAUGCGCCGCCGUGGGCGCCCUGGCUCUCGCAGCAGCCGUGCUGGGUAUCAUCGGCGAGGCGACCAAGUCCAGGUCCUUCGUCAGGUACGACGGGGUGAACUGCGUCUACCGGAGGACGCCGGCGUUCGACUGCGGGAUCGCGGCGGCCGCGUCGCUGCUCACCGGCCAGGCCAUCCUCACGGCGGCCGCCGGCUGCUGGGACGGAUGCAGGCAGAGGCGAUCGUCGUCCAAUCAUCGGCGCGUCGGUGGCUACUUCGCUUCGAUACUCUCAUGUUGCAUUAUUUGUUCGGUGGUACUGAAAAAGGUCAGGCGCGCUGCAUGCAGGUUUCUCACGAUCCUGUCGACGUGCGCCUUCCUCGCCGGAGCUCUCAGGAAUGAUAGCACGGAACGGCGACCCAAGGAGGGCGUCGCCUCUUACUACCAGUGCACCGUCCUCGUGGCCGGGGUGUUCGCCGGCGCCUCGUUCCUGUCGCUCGCCGCAGCAGUCGUCGGGAUCGCCUCCUACGUCGCCAUUGAAGGAGCGGCGAGCACUGUGGUGUCACCGUCGGCGGAGCUCCGGGUAGUGCUGGGGCAGCCACAGCAGCUGUAA